AUGAGUUUCCCUGAAUCAUAUGAAGUGGAUAUGCAUGGAGAAAAGGUACCUGAAAACAAAGUGAAAGAUAGACAGUUAGCCAACGUAAAUGCCAGCGAUGAUGUGUCAAUUGCCGCGAACUACACAGAGCAAUUUACCACAGACAGGGUUUUUGUUACUCAGGAUGAGCUUAUGGAUUGGGUUAAAGCUGUAGGAAAGCAAUUAGGCUUUGUGAUCAUUAUAAGAAGGUCUGAUUGCGGGAGCAAGGGCCGUGGGAGUAAAAGUAGACAGUUGGCUAUAUUGGGGUGCGAGAUGGGUGGCAAGCUCAAGGCGAGACGCACAUCAGAAGAUGGUUUGUGGAGGUUGACUGGUUUACGUGGAGACCAUAACCAUAAGCUAGCUGAGAAUCUGCAUGACCAUGCCUGUGUCGGUCGCAUUACAAGUGAAGAAAAGGAUAUGCUGGGUAAAAUGGUUGACAAAAUGGUCAAGCCAGGUAACAUGCUGCUGGCAUUGAAGAGUGCCAACCCUCAAAAUCUGACCACCAUACGGCAAGUGUACAAUGAGCGGAUGACACACAUGAGGGCAUUGAUAGAGAUCCAGCACUUGAUGAGGUUGUUGGAGGAAGACAGCACGUAUAAGACAAACAAGUAUAGGAUACCGCUCUUGGAGAUGGUUGGUAUGACUUCCAUUGGAUUCACAUACACCAUCGCAUUUGGCUACACGUGCAAUGAGCGUGAAGCUGAAGUUACAUGGACGCUUCAAAAGCUGAGGGGGUUGAUACUUAGAGAGGAGGAUAUGUCUAAAGUCAUCAUUACUGACAGAGACCAAGCUUUGAUGAACGCAGUUGAAGCAACAUUCCCUACAACUACUCACUUACUAUGCCAAUUCCAUAUUUCUAUGUGCAUGAAGGAAAAGUGCAAGCUGACUAUCCAACCGAAGGAGAUGUGGGAUGAUGUCGGGGACGCAUGA